UCCUGUCCCGCGGGAGGACGUGAGAGCGCAGCUGCUGAAACAGUGCUCGGAUUCAUAAAGGCUGAAGGUGAACCACAGUUCUUUCUUUCACACUUGGAAUUCUUUGCAUGAUUAUCCGGGUCGGAGCACGUGGGAAGCCGUGACUGAGAAAGGUCUGAAAAGCCUUUUUAUUGUGAGACGAUGAUUACUGGAUGCCGAGAUCUCUGCAGGUGGAGGACGAUGGCGAGAAGGUCUGCUGCUCUGUUUCUGCUGUUCUGCUGCUCUGUCAGUCGGGGCCAGUCGGAGGCUUCUGUCCCCCCGCCGGCGGUCAUCUCCCAGGCCCUCCCCGUCCUCUGGGAUGAACUGCGAGGGCUGAAGGAGCUGGUGCUGAGCCUGAAGGCGGAGGAGGUGGGCCGGCGUCAGAUCCUGAGGAGGGUGGAGAGCUGGCUGAGGGAUGGAGAGGUGCAGGCCGAGCAGCAGAGACGGAGCCUGGAGGGACUGAAGGAGGAAGCGCUCCGACAGGCGGAGGAGCUGAGGGGGAGGGUGGAGGAGCUGGAGGAGCAGAGCAAAGGUGAGGCCUCCUCCGUCACACUAAGUGUCAUAGCUGCUCCUCAGACUGAGGUGGUGCAGUGAGUUUGUGAAAAACUUCAAAGCAGAAAUAUGUCUCUGGCGGCGGAGCUGCCGUUCCUGCAGACGAGACUGAGGGCGAGCGAGAACACCGUGGAGCAGCUGAGGAGGAAGAACGCAGUGUUGGCGGCCAGACUGUGUAACGCCGAGAGUGUGAUAGAGGAGCUGAGGCGGCAGAUCUCAGAGUUGCCGGCCUCCAACGCCUCGUCUCUGACGCCUGACAUGUUGGAGCUGGAGGCUCGACUGGGCGCCCGUCUGGAGGAGCUGAGCGCUGACGCUGUCGCAGCCUCGUGGGAAGAAAACCUGUCGGCCGUGAAGAGUCGGGUGCAGCAGCUGGAGCUGACCAGCACAGCUCAGAGCGACUCAGUGAAGCAGCUGCAGCUUAAACUAAACUCCACAGAGCAUCAGGUCCACGCGCUGCAGACGGAAACAUCAGAUCAAAGCUCCAAACUGACGAAGCUGCAGACAAACGGGAGCGCGAGCGCGAGCCUGCAGGGCGACCUGAACACAGAGAUGUUCACCAGGCUGAGGCGAGGAGACGAACAGCUGGAACAGCUGCUGUCGGAGCACACAGCCGUGGAGGUCAGAUUGAGAUCCUCUGAGACACAGCUGGAACAUCUGGAGACUCGUGCUGCAGGCCGUGACAUCGAGCUGUCGGCCACGACGCUCAGACUGAACGCCACCGAGCGGCAGGUGGACGAGCUGAUGACACAAAGCACAGAGAUUCUGAACAAACUGAGAGAUGGUGAGACACGUCUGGAGCAGCUGAAGGCUGAGCACACAGCUCAGAGCGACUCAGUGAAGCAGCUGCAGCUCAAACUAAACUCCACAGAGCAUCAGGUCCACGCGCUGCAGACGGAAACAUCAGGUGAGCUCAGGGUGGCGUUUUCAGCCGGUCUGACCGACUCGGGGUCAGUGGGACCGUUUGAUGAAGAAACAACGCUGAUCUUCUCCAAAAUCAUCACCAACGUGGGCGGAGCCUACAACCAGUCAGCAGGUGUUUUCACGGCGCCUGUCAGCGGCCUGUACGUCUUCAGCUUCACGGCGGCAGAUUACCUGAAAGGCUACAUGGGCCUGUACCUGUACAAGAACGACCAGCCCAUCGUCUUCAGCCUCGACCUGAACGACCACGGCGGCUACGCCUCCACCAGCAACGCCGUGUGUCUGCAGCUAGAGGAGGGCGACCGGGUGCACCUCGGCCUGCCGGCCAGCUACCGUCUCUAUGACGACUCACGAAACUUCAGCGUGUUCUCCGGCUUCCUGCUGUUCCACCUGUGAUGGUGACGUGCUGCGACGCACCCAGAUUAUCCAACCUUUGUACGGCAGCGCGAACAGGAAGUGGGAUGAAAGAGGCCACGCCCUUAAUAACGCAAACUUUACUCUUUAAUAUAAAGCAGAGGAAACGAUCCUGUAAACAGUCUCACUGCUGCCUCGCUGGUCGGCUGAGGAACUGCAGCUGUUUCUGCUCCAGCGAUCAUUUCAUGCAAAAGUCUCAGGAGGAGCGUGACUUUAGCCCCGCCCCUGUGAAUGUAGCGUUCUCGUCUAUCGAUCAAUAAAGUUUUA